UUGUACUAACACCUGGAAUUGUAUAAAACACGAAGAAAUUCCUGUGGAAGCUUUUGCUAAAAUGGGUCGCAAAGAGGCUGACUACGAAUGGAAGAAGAGCACGAAUAACAUUCAAGAAGUGUUCGACAUUUUAGAGGUUUUGGGAUCGGGAGCAUUCUCAGAGGUGUACAUGGUAAAGGAGAGGAAAACUGGCAAUCUUUUCGCCAUGAAGUGUGUAAAGAAGAAGAGCAAAAGGGAUGUCAUUUUAGAAAACGAAAUAGAAGUGUUGAGAAGAAUUAAACAUGAUAAUGUUGUGGGAUUGGAAGAUUUCUAUGAAAGUCAGACCCAAUACUACCUGGUCAUGCAGCUUGUUUCGGGUGGUGAACUGUUCGACCGGAUUCUGAACCGGGGAGUGUACUCGGAAAUGGAUGCUAGUUUAGUUAUAAGGCAGGUACUUGAGGGGGUCAACUACUUGCAUAAGAACGGCAUAGUACAUCGUGAUCUCAAGCCAGAGAACUUGCUGUACUACAGUGCAGAUGAGAAAUCCAAGAUAAUGAUCAGUGAUUUUGGGCUUUCCAAGAUAGAAGAAAAUGGGAUCAUGUCUACAGCCUGCGGUACUCCUGGAUAUGUGGCUCCAGAGGUGCUAGCUCAGAAGCCCUACAGUAAAGCUGUGGACUGCUGGUCUAUUGGAGUCAUCACAUACAUACUUCUUUGUGGAUACCCCCCUUUUUACGAGGAGUCUGAGACGCGUCUCUUUUCGAAGAUCAUCAAAGCCCAGUAUGAGUUUGACUCUCCCUUCUGGGAUGACAUCUCAGAGUCUGCAAAGGACUUCAUCCGCAACAUGAUGCAGAAGAAUCCUAAUUUGCGCUACACAACAGAGCAAGCUCUUAGACAUCCCUGGAUCACUGGAAAGACUGCUCAGAGCCGUGAUAUCUACCACUCAGUCAGUGCCCAGAUCCAGAAGAACUUUGCCAAGUCCAAAUGGAAGCAAGCUUUUAAUGCUACUGUGGCUAUCAACCACAUGAAAAAGCUACAACUUGCUCAUUGUGAGGCCUCCGUCAAACAGAGCCAGGUCCCGACUCAGCUGCCUGAUAUCAAAAUCAUUACGGCAUGCAACACUGAAGCAACAGAGAAGAACCUGGUGCCUGACAAUCAGGAUCCCAACGGCAACCUGCCUAGCAGUUACAUGAUCGUGCCAGCUCUGCAAACAGAAAUAAAGAGUCAGUACUAUCCUGUGAAGUCCAGCCAUAGACUUACCUUGACGGUGGCUGAGAAGAGCAAGCAUGUGUACCACUCCGAACCAGCAAAUCUAAAUGGGUAUGGAAAGAGAAGCACCAGUCGUAGUGGAGAGAAAUUUCAGACAGGCGUCUGCUCCGUCAUGUGAUUCAUCAUUGUGGCACCAUGAUGGAAUUUUAAUAGAUCUGUGACCUGUUUCUUGGCCACUGGCUACUUGAAGUUGGCACAUAUUGGUGCCCUGGGCCUUGGCUACUAACCCAUUCGGGACAGCUGAUGUAUGACCUGUUGGGUGCACUGUUCUACUGGGGUUAGAAGGAGUACCUCCAUGAGGAGUAUGUUCCUAAGGACAUGGUGAUAUCCCAGCAUACUGUAUUAUAUGUACAAGUAUUGACUAUUGAUUUUUAUUAUUAUUAUUAUUAUUAUUUUCUCAUUCACGUCCAGAUUCAUAGUAUGUGAUGGUGUGCAAUAGACAUUUACUGUGGUAUUUAUCCUGAAAUGCUUUGUGCUUGGUCCUGUAAGCAGUGGCAGUAGAGGGAUAAAAAAAGAAUACAUCUCUUUUUUGUGUAUUAUAGAGUCAAGGAUUACAAACAAUAAUACAUAAUGCAUACUGUUUAAUUACACCCAUUAUUGUUUAAGUAUAUUGAUUUACUGAUUUGCCAAUGUAAACAACACCUAUAAAGUGAGGGCUUAUGUAAAUACAUUUGUUAAUUAUUAUCUAUGGUUGUUUGAUAUAUAACUAUAAACCUAAGAUGCUAUAAAGUGCU